AUGCCCGAGACCGGCGGUCGUGUAGCGGCCGUAGCUACACUUGGUAGCAGAAUAGCGGCAGCUGGUGGCAGAAUAUCAUCGCCCAUGUUUUACGUCUUCAGAGAAGCUGUCAUUCGGAUUCCAACGUCAGCAGAGCUUCUAAUUCCGGGGUUCGACGCCAGCCAAACGACAAAACAACUGGAUUCUGCAAGAACAGAGCCAACUAGUGUUUGGCAUGUCAGUUCCAUUGUUCAGCAUGGGUUUGAGGCAUGGAUCGGCACCCGUUACCAGUCAACCGCCAUUCAGAAUCAUAAAGGUCUGAUCAAAACGCAUACUGUUGCCGGUGCUUCCAAGACCCCCGCAGAGCCAAGCAAUCGAGAGCUUACUGUGGAAGAACGCCCUUCAAGAAUGAAGGCCGAUGAGCUUCUGGCCAGUGCCGAUCACUUUCGGGUUUCCCGCAUCGGCCAAUCCACCUGCAGCUUGGACGGCAUCAAUGGGCCCUCCGUCACAUCACCGCCAUUCGAUCGUCUGGUCUGCCCGCCCCUUGGUUCGAAUGGCUUUGAGAGGCGCUUGGCGCUGUCCUCACCGAGCAUCUGCGAGUUGCCUGAUCUUGCCUGCUUCCACCCAUUCGACUUGAACCCUAUGGUCACAAGAUCUCGGCGGCUGCAUGUCACGGAGCUUGGUGACAGGAUGGCUCCUGUCUAA